GCCCGGCCGGCAGCGCGGGGGUUAAGUGGCCAAGUAAACGUAGCUCGGCGAUCGGCGCCGGAGAUUCGCUAGCCGAGCGCCCUGCGCGGCCGCCCGCCGGCCUCCCGCCAGCCUGUCCGGAUCCGCGGCUCGACCGCGGAGCCGCGCCCGAGCCAGGCUCUCGGCAGGAAACAAUGAAGGGAGACACCAGACAACUCAACGGAGAGGAGGACACCAGCAGGAGGGAAGACUCCAUCCUCACCAACGGGGGCUGCAGUGACCAGUCUUCCGACUCCAAGGACGCGCCCUCGCCCCCAAUCCUGGAGGCUAUCAGCACCCCGGAGAUCAGAGGCCGCAGAUCAAGCUCACGACUGUCCAAGAGGGAGGUCUCCAGCCUGCUAAGUUAUACUCAGGAUCUGACGGGCGAUGGAGAUGGCGAAGGGGAAGAUGGAGAUGGCUCCGACACUCCAGUGAUGCCAAAACUCUUCCGUGAAACCAGGACUCGGCCAGAAAGCCCAGCUGUCCGAACCCGAAAUAACAACAGUACCUCCAGCCGGGAGAGGCACAGGCCCUCCCCACGUUCCACCCGAGGCCGGCAGGGCCGCAACCACGUGGACGAGUCCCCCGUGGAAUUCUCAGCUACCAGGUCCCUGAGGCGGCGGACAGGAUCAUCUGCAGGCACGCCAUGGCUGUCCCCUGCCAGCCCCUACCUCACCAUUGACCUCACAGAUGAUGAUGUGGUGCCCCAGGGCAGCAGUACGCCCUAUGCCCGCCUGGCCCAGGACAGCCAGCAGGAGAGCGUGGAGUCCCCGCAGGUGGACGCAGAGGGCAGAGAUGCCGACAGCACUGAGUAUCAGGACGGGAAAGAGUUUGGAAUAGGGGAUCUCGUGUGGGGAAAGAUCAAGGGUUUCUCCUGGUGGCCUGCCAUGGUGGUGUCCUGGAAGGCCACCUCCAAGCGUCAGGCAAUGUCUGGCAUGCGGUGGGUUCAGUGGUUUGGCGAUGGCAAGUUCUCCGAGAUACCAGCAGAUAAGUUGGUGGCCUUGGGGUUGUUCAGCCACCACUUUAACCUGGCGACCUUCAAUAAGCUGGUCUCUUACAGGAAGGCCAUGUACCACGCUCUGGAGAAAGCCAGGAUACGGGCUGGCAAAACCUUCCCCAGCAGCCCUGGAGACUCGCUGGAGGAUCAGCUGAAGCCCAUGUUGGAGUGGGCCCACGGGGGCUUUAAACCCACCGGGAUCGAGGGCCUCAAACCCAACAACAGGCAACCAGUGGUUAAUAAGUCGAAGGUUCGUCGUGCAGGCAGUAGGAACUUAGAAGCAAGGAAACACGAGAACAAGACGCGAAGACGCACAGCUGAGGACUCCACCACCUCUGACUACUGCCCCCCAGCCAAGCGCCUCAAGACAAAUUGUUAUAACAAUGGCAAAGACCGAGGAGAGGAGGACCAGAGUCGAGAGCAAAUGGCUUCGGAUGUUUCCAACAACAAGAGCAAUCUCGAAGAUAGCUGUUUGUCCUGUGGUAGGAAAAACCCCGUGUCCUUCCACCCUCUCUUUGAGGGUGGACUCUGCCAGACAUGCCGGGACCGGUUCCUUGAGCUGUUCUACAUGUACGACGACGACGGCUACCAGUCCUACUGCACCGUGUGCUGCGAGGGCCGCGAGCUGCUCCUUUGCAGCAACACCAGCUGCUGCCGGUGCUUCUGUGUGGAGUGCCUGGAGGUGCUGGUGGGCCCGGGCACAGCGGCGGACGCCAAGCUGCAGGAGCCCUGGAGCUGCUACAUGUGCCUGCCCCAGCGCUGCCAUGGCGUCCUGCGGCGCCGCAAGGACUGGAGUGUGCGCCUGCAGGCCUUCUUCACCAGCGACCCGGGGCUCGACUACGAAGCCCCCAAGUUAUACCCUGCGAUUCCCGCAAACCGGAGGCGACCCAUUCGAGUCUUGUCCCUGUUUGACGGAAUUGCGACAGGGUACUUGGUCCUCAAAGAAUUGGGCAUCAAAGUGGAGAAAUAUGUCGCCUCUGAAGUGUGUGAAGAGUCCAUCGCCGUUGGAACUGUUAAGCAUGAGGGCAAUAUCAAAUAUGUGAACGACGUCAGGAAUAUCACAAAGAAAAACAUUGAAGAAUGGGGCCCCUUUGACUUGGUGAUUGGUGGAAGCCCAUGCAAUGAUCUCUCAAAUGUGAACCCUGCCAGGAAAGGCCUGUAUGAGGGCACAGGCCGGCUCUUCUUUGAGUUCUACCACCUGCUGAAUUACACACGCCCCAAGGAGGGUGAAGACCGGCCUUUCUUCUGGAUGUUUGAGAACGUGGUGGCCAUGAAGGUUGGCGACAAGCGGGACAUCUCUCGGUUCCUGGAGUGUAAUCCAGUGAUGAUUGAUGCCAUCAAAGUGUCUGCUGCUCACAGAGCCCGAUACUUCUGGGGCAACCUGCCUGGGAUGAACAGGCCUGUGAUAGCAUCAAAGAAUGAUAAACUCGAGCUGCAGGACUGCCUGGAGUUCAAUAGGACAGCAAAGUUAAAGAAAGUACAGACAAUAACCACCAAGUCGAACUCGAUCAGACAGGGGAAAAACCAACUUUUCCCUGUUGUCAUGAAUGGCAAAGAAGAUGUUUUGUGGUGCACUGAGCUAGAAAGGAUCUUCGGCUUUCCCGUACACUACACAGAUGUGUCCAACAUGGGCCGUGUUGCCCGCCAGAAGCUGCUCGGGAGGUCCUGGAGUGUACCUGUCAUCCGACACCCUCUUCGCCCCCUGAAGGACUACUUUGCAUGUGAAUAGUACCCCAGGCACCAGAGGCGUGUGGGCAGAGCCACGACCCAGGAGGUGCACCCAGGCUCUGCCCUUCCCAGCUCAGCUGUGUGGGGGUCGGGCCGAGUACCCUCGUCAGGAGCAGAGCUGCCUUGUCCCCUCCUGGCAGGGGGACCCCGAGGUGCCAUCUCCUUGUGCACAAUUUCAGACCUGGCGCUCGGAGCGGCCAAACACGGUGCUUAUUUUGUCUUCUAAAAUUUUAAAACUUGAAAUAGGUAGUAAGAUGGCUUUUUUUUCCCUCCUGGGUUUACUGCUCAGAGAAACGAUGGCUAAGAUACCAAAACCACAGUGCCGACAGCUCUCCGAUACUCAGGUUAAUGCUGAAAAAUCACCCAAAGACAGUACUGCAAGACUUUAAUUUUUUAAAUGUCUGCAGCUCCUUGUUUCCAGGAGUGUGUGGCAGUAGACAUGUAGCUAAGGGACCUUUUAAGGGCCUAGGAUGGUUUCUUCUAGGGCUAGCAGAAGAGGACAUGAUGUCCAUGUCUGUCUUGAAUUUUCCCCGGCACGUUCCCCUGGCCUCAGUAUAAAGGGCUGGGAUCCGGGGCCCAUUUAGAGUAUUUUCCACAAGGAUGGUGAUUUCAGCCGGGAUGACAUCAUCAUCACUUUCAGGGCUAUUUUUUUCCCCCAUAAACCCAAGGGCAGGGCUACCCUUAGCUAAAUCCCUCCCAGUGACUGCAAUAGAACCCUCUGGAAGCUCAGGAAGGGGUGGGCUGGGUUAUAAGCUGCCAUAUAUUGUGUAGACAGGUAUGGAUUCUCACUGUCUUCUCCCCUUCCCUGUGUGAGGGGGGAGAAGGAGGAGGCUUAGGUAAGACGCCACCCCACCCAUCCCCCCACCCUCCAGACUACUCCGCAGGCACAGGUCCCCAGAUUAGAAGUAAGACACCCCAAUUCCUUAGGCUUCUCUAAACUCAGCAGUGACAGCCAGGGGCAGAAGCACAUUCCUCGCACUUUCCCCUCAUCUAAGAGACUGCAGGGGGAAACUGCAAUAAAAGCUCGACCCUCCCUCCAGAGAUUUUAAAGUCCUUUUUUAUUCCAUGAUAAAUCGAUAAAUCGUUUUUAGGGAGAAUGGGAGGUCGGACAAGCUGCAUUUCAGAAAUGCUGUCGUAAUGGUUUUUAACACCUUUUACUCUUCUUACUGGUGCUAUUUUGUAGACUAAGGAACAAUGUUGACAGGUUUUGUGGGAGGUUUUUUUAUACACUUUUUUUUUAAAAAUCUCAGACAUCUAUUUUUGUUUUAACAUUUUCAUAUAUUUUUUUUUUUUUUGUUACUGGAGCCAUGUAACAAAGUAUGGGGAAAAAUUGUGCCUUGUUUCAACAGUUUUGCUAAUUUUUAGGCUGAAAGAUGACAGAUGCCUAGAGUUUACCUUAUGUUGAAUUAA